CCAAAUCCGAGACGCAAGUCGGUGACCUCCUUCUCACAGAUCUAAAAACCAGAAGCCAGAGAACAAAUUCACUCUCUCCCUUAUAUAAGCACCAAUUUAUAAAUCUUUUUCCCUCUCCGAUUCUCAAUUCUUUGUAUAAAAAGCUUCUCCUUUUCUCAAUUCUUCGGCUUCCUUUCGCCAAAUUCUUCCCGCGAAUCUUCCCUAAUCGUCUUAAAGCUACGAAACCCUAGAUUUCGGAUUUCCUCGCUAUCCAAAGUAAUGGCUGAUCAAGGAUUGGAAGGGAGUACUCCAGUGGACCUUAGCAAGCAUCCUUCAGGGAUUGUUCCUACUCUUCAAAACAUUGUCUCCACGGUGAACCUAGACUGCAAGCUAGAUCUUAAAGCCAUAGCUUUGCAGGCUCGGAAUGCUGAAUAUAAUCCCAAGCGUUUUGCUGCUGUUAUAAUGAGGAUCAGAGAACCGAAGACUACAGCAUUGAUAUUCGCCUCAGGGAAAAUGGUCUGUACUGGAGCGAAGAGCGAGUACUUUUCGAAGAUGGCUGCCCGAAAGUAUGCUAGGAUUGUGCAGAAAUUGGGAUUCUCUGCAAAAUUCAAGGAUUUCAAGAUUCAGAAUAUCGUAGGUUCUUGUGAUGUCAAAUUCCCUAUAAGACUUGAAGGUCUUGCUUACUCUCACGCUGCUUUCUCAAGUUAUGAGCCCGAGCUCUUCCCAGGGCUGAUUUAUAGGAUGAAAGUGCCUAAAAUCGUCCUUCUAAUCUUUGUCUCUGGGAAGAUCGUUAUAACGGGAGCCAAGAUGAGAGAGGAGACUUACAGAGCCUUUGAGAAUAUAUACCCCGUGCUCACGGAAUUCAGAAAGAUACAGCAAUAGGUCAAGGAUUUGUUCCCUGCAGAACUAGUUGUGCUGUCUUAGCCCCUUGGAGUUGCUAAAGCUUGCUGAGAAUUUUGCCCUUGAACAAGGGCUUUCACAGUAGCUAGACUCUCACCUUGUGUUUUGGUUCAUAAUAUAACAUUGUAUAUACACAAUGGAGAUUCCAAAGACAAUUCUUUGGUUCUUUUUCUCUUUUCCAAGAUAUGUCUUACAUGUACGAUUUUGUAGUAUCCUUAGAGCAUGAUUAACAAUAGUAUCUUAAAAA